CCGAGGUGACGUCGACUGUGCUUGCGUCCGGUUUUCUGUGGUCGUCUCUGCGAAAAAAAAAAAAUGUUUGUACUCGUCCACAUUGCUGCUCGGUCGGAGUAGUAAAAUGUGAGGUCGGAAAUGCUCGUCAGGGGUGGAUGAGAGGAAAAGGGGAGGCACCUGUGAGACGGAGCAGGUCAGCCUACCACGGUGUCAAGUUUACGUUAAUCACGGCACGGUACACUUUCAGACAUAUUUGUGAAGCGGAGGAGUCAUCAUCUCCGGAUCUGCUCCAGCCGCCGCUCCGAGCCAAAUUAUGACUACGUGUUGUUGUCACGGACUUAACGCGUGAGGUGAGCUGUGACUGCCCCCCCUUUUUUGUCUCUCCGUGCACCUGCAUGUACUGUGUGCAGGCCUGGCCCGUCGAAGAGGCGCUGUGCUCAGAGACUGUGCUGCACUAGGAGAUCCCAUGGCUUCUGGUCCUCCAUGUCCCUCUGUAGGCCGCAGGCUCGGGCUGAAGGAGUUGCUACUCGGGCCUCUGUUGGUCUUGCUGGUUUCUGGGCUGGAACCAGUUCUGUGUCAGAAGGUCUACACCAACACAUGGGCUGUGCACAUACCUGGAGGUCUGGAGGAAGCUGAUCGAAUUGCCAGUAAACACAGCUUCCUCAAUUACGGACAUGUAUUUGGUGAUUAUUAUCACUUCCGGCAUCGUACAGUGGUGAAGAGAUCGCUGUCUGAUCACAGAGGGACACAAGUCCGUCUUCAAAGAGAUCCAAAGGUGACCUGGGCCGAGCAACAAGUGUCGAAACGGAGGAAAAAGAGGGAUGUCUUCCAAGAACCGUUGGAUCCCAAAUUCAGAGACCAGUGGUACCUGUACAACAGCAACCACCGUGACUUGAAUGCCAAAUCUGCGUGGCAGUUGGGCUACACAGGUAAAGGGGUGGUGGUGUCCAUCCUGGAUGAUGGAAUAGAGAAGAACCAUCCUGACUUAAUGCAGAACUAUGACCCAGAUGCCAGCUACGAUGUCAAUGAUGGCGACCCAGAUCCUCAGCCUCGAUACACGCAGCUUAAUGACAACAGGCAUGGAACACGAUGUGCAGGAGAAGUGGCAGCGGUAGCCAACAAUGGGAUCUGUGGAGUCGGUGUGGCCUACAAUGCCAAGAUUGGAGGUGUGCGUAUGCUGGACGGUGAGGUGACUGACAUGGUGGAGGCCCAGUCCCUCAGUCUAAAUCCCCAACACAUCGACGUCUACAGCGCCAGCUGGGGCCCAGAGGAUGACGGCAAAACUGUCGACGGACCUGCCAAACUCGCCAAAGAAGCUUUUCUGCGAGGAGUUACAGAGGGUCGUAGUGGUUUGGGCUCCAUCUUUGUGUGGGCUUCUGGGAAUGGAGGGAGGGAGAUGGACAGCUGUAACUGCGACGGCUACACCAACAGCAUCUACACCCUGUCCAUCAGCAGCUCCACCCAGAACGGCAACGUCCCCUGGUACAGCGAGGCUUGCUCCUCCACCCUCGCCACCACCUAUAGCUCGGGGAACCCUAAGGAGAAACAGAUAGUGACUACAGACCUCAAAUCAAAAUGCACAGACUCCCACACAGGCACCUCUGCCUCCGCGCCGCUGGCUGCCGGGAUCAUCGCUCUUGCCCUUGAGGCCAAUAAAAAUCUGACCUGGAGGGACAUGCAACAUCUGGUUGUACGAACUUCUCACCCUGCCCACCUGCUCACCAACGACUGGAGAACCAAUGGGGUUGGGCGCAAAGUUAGCCAUUCCUAUGGAUACGGUCUACUUGAUGCCAGUGCAAUUGUAUCGCUGGCUGAAACGUGGACUAAUGUGAGGCCACAGCGGAAAUGUGUGAUCACAAUGGUCUGUGAGCCAAGGAACAUUGGCAGCCAUUUGUCGAUUAACAUGAGUGUGGACGCCUGCACGGGGACAGACAGUUACGUGACCUCAUUAGAGCACGUCCAGGCCCGGCUCACCCUGUCAUACAACCGCAGGGGAAACCUGGCCAUUCACCUCAUUAGUCCUGCCGGCACACGCUCCACUCUGCUCCACCCCAGGCCUCACGACUACUCAUCAGAGGGUUUUAACGACUGGGCUUUCAUGACCACCCACUCCUGGGACGAGACGCCCACCGGGACAUGGAUGCUGGAGAUCGAGAACGUGGCUGGUGCCAGUGACUAUGGCACUCUGACCCAGUUCAUCCUGGUGCUGUAUGGCACCGGCUCAGCAUCUUCCAGCUCCUCUGCAAAGGCUCAGCCUGUCGAUGACUACUGUAAAACCUUGGACCUGAGGCAGAUAUGCAUCGAGUGCAACUCCGGCCACUUCCUCUUUCAGCAGGGCUGUGUGAAAGAAUGUCCAGCAGGCUUCUCAGUGGGCUCCCAGCCCCUCAACUACACAGUGGGAAACUUUAUGCUACCAGCUUCCGUCCCAUCCUGUCUGCCCUGCCCACCGUCCUGCCUGACCUGCAGCAGCCUCAGCCCUCAGGCCUGCCUGUCCUGCCCCCCUCACAACUCCCUGGACCCCAUCUCUGGCGCCUGCCUGCACCUCAACCAGUACAUGCGCCAUACCCCUCGCAACUUCAUGGUGGGCCAGGAGAACCCGGGAAUGCAGCUCCAGUUGAGCUCCCGGCUGCCCAUCACCAUCGCCGUGCUCAGCUGCAUGGCCAUCAUCGCCACCUUCGCCGGCACCUUCCUGCUGCUGCAGCUGCGCUCUGGCGCACUCAUCAAGCUGCCCUCUCUGGAGGCUGGCGGCGGCCUCGGGAGUAGUUUCAGCCUCGGGGGAAAUAGGGUGGUGUCGUACCGCGGCAUCCCGACAGUGUGGGGGGAUGAUGGGAUAAAUACGGACUCUGAUAACGAAGAUUUUGACGUCCAUAAUGAGAGGACUGCCUUUAUCAAAACACAAAGUGCUCUUUAAUGCCCCUCCCCGCAUCCCUCGCUCCUUCCUGCUUUUAAAGUCUUCUGAUAAUUCAGAACUGCCCUCUCUCAGCCUUUUCAUCCUUUUUCCCUUGUCUCUGUCUUACCGUGUUUUCCUCUUAGCCCUGCUUCAGCAUCUACUGUGGGAGACCUGAUUGGAAGCUGCCGUCUCUCAGAGCGCUGGAUGACCCGAGCUUUGCUCUGUUCAUACAUGGGCGCUUUUCUAUUAAACUGGCUCUCUCCCUCCUCUUGCCCUCGAUCACUAACAAUGUAUGUCUGUGCCGAGUCCAUUUUCCCCUCCAGCUCAAGCUCUUUUUUUUGUUACAGUAAACAAAUGAUUAUUUUCCUUCUCUUUCCAUCAGUGCAGUAGCCAGACAAGAUUGUUGAAUGUGAGGAGUAGAGAUGCGUGAAUGUGAGCGUGUAAAUCUGAAACAUGUGCUGCCCUUUAUAGAGAAGCGAAAGCUGGUCCUGUCACAUUUAGUACUUUUAACUUAAAAGUGAUAAAGAAUUGUAUAGCGAGGCAUGAAAUCGGAUUAGGAAACAUUGAUUCUAUCUCUGAAGCGUCGUCAAUUUCCAAAAUCUGAUCAUAAAAGCACCACUUAUCUGUAGCGAGUCAGUGUAUUUUCAUAAUUCAAAAGCAUAAUACUUGGCAAGAUAAUGUCCACACGUUAAUGCCUCUCUGUAUGAUGAGACAAUGUUUUCUAUUUACUUUAAACAAAAUCCAUUUUUCUACAUCUGUCUUUAAAAGAAGAUCUGUAUAGUUAUUGUUCUAGGUGUGAGAGAGGCUUUAAUUCUCCUAUUGCACACAAGUCUGGAAAGAUCUCUCUCUCUGGCAGAACAAACUGUGAGUCACACAAUUAGCGAGGCUUCUUCAGUUUAUCCCGGUUUAAAAACUAUAAAUUGUUCUGCGCUCAUCACCUCCCCAACCGUCACACAGAAGAGCAUCAAGAAAGUAAGAUAAAUUAAAAGAAGGAAGAAGAAAAAAAAAAAAAGCACACAGGCCACUCGAUCAACCCUGAAGCACAAGCCCUUCAGCGAUAUUACA